AUGACUGUCAUUGUCGCCUCAAUAUUUCUUCCGUAUACAGUCAGGUUUGACCUCUCGCAAUGCGCGACGGCACCGGCGUCGUCCUCGUCUGGGCCAUCAUCUUCCUCCACUACACAUAUGGCCCCGCCUGUUUCUCCGGGACUCGUAAACACAGGUGGAACCAUUCAUAACCAUGGAUUUCAUGCCCCAAACAUUACCCAAGAUACAUUUGCUCCAGUUACAGCUCCCGAUGAAGGUUCUCCAAUUCUCUCGGUGGCUCCUGCAUCCAUCACCACACCAGUUUUGGCCCCUACUUCUUCUGCACCUACCAAUACUACCCCGUUAGAAGAAAAACGUUCUGUAGCCAAAGCUUUAAUCCCAGAUAUUGUCCAGUCAAUGGACAGCAGUAAUCCCCUAGCAGCGAAAAAGGAACUGAAACCAACGCUUGCUCAAGAGCUUUUCUUUGGUCCCAUAGUCGACACAAAAGACGCUCCUGAAAGUGUAACAAGCGACCCAAAUCGUCGCAGAGGUGAACUCCCAAAGGCAAAAGAUCCAUCAGCACCACCAGCACUUUCUCCCCAUGACCCAGUUGAUCCUAUUGAGUCUGCAGAUCCACCAAACCCAUCUUCUGGUGCAAUGUGUGUUCCAAUUGAACUCUCACAGCCGCAACAGCAAAACCAACCUCUUUUCAACAAUGCAUCAUCUUCCCUCUCUUCUACAUUAUCCUCUCAAUCAAUGGCCCGUACUCUGCUGCUUGAAAAAAUGUCUAUACAUUCUGCAAGAGCCCGCUCUCGUAAACACACCUCAUCCGCAGACUUAGCUGCUACCCUAGAAAAAGUCCCCUGGAACGUCGAACUACAGCGAGCAGGUAAUGGUGGCCUCAAAAAUGCCAUUCGCCGCUCUCUCGCAAAGGACUGCAUCGAUUCAGUUCGAUGGGUAGGUUCUCCCAAUCUCCCCCUCGAGUCAAUCACCCCUAAAACUAGAGAAGCAAUUUCUGAAAAACUCUUAAAUUCCUACGACUCUGUUCCAGUAUUCGUCCCUGAAGAUACCUUUGAAGGAGCCUAUGCUACAUACUGCAAAAAAGUCCUCUGGCCAACCUUUCACUACCAAGUCCCUGAAGAUGCAAUUCUCCAAACAGCAAGUGAUAAGUCUUGGGAACACUACCAGCAAUUUAACAGAGCCAUCGCAGAUGGGAUCCUCAGUAUUUAUAAAGACGGAGAUGUCAUCUUUGUCAAUGACUACCACCUUCUUCUCGUCCCCCAAAUGCUCCGUGAAAAACUCCCAAAUGCCAAAAUUGGCUUUUUCCUUCACGUUGCAUUUCCCUCCUCUGAGGUCUUUAGGGUUCUCGCUGCCCGGCGAGAAAUUCUUGAAGGUCUAAUUGCCGCAAAUUCCAUUGGCUUUCAAAUCGACGAAUAUGCCCGUCACUUUAUGCAAACAUGUAACCGCAUUCUCAUGGUCGAUACAACCCCGUCAGGAAUCCGCAUGAAUAACCGCUUUAUCUCUGUUAAUGUUAAUCCCAUUGGCAUGGACUCUGAAAACUUAGAAUCUUAUCUCACUAAUCCUGACGUCACAAACUUUAUCACUUCUAUUCGUAGAACUUUUGGCCACUUUGACCACAUUUUUGUCGCCCGAGAUAAGCUCGACCCUGUUCGAGGUGUCAAGGAAAAGCUUGAAGCUUAUGAGCUAUUUCUUCAAGAGCACCCUGAAAUGAUUGACAAGUGUGUUCUUAUCCAAGUGUGUCUAAUGAACAAGGCUAAUCCAGAACUCGAACGCUCUGUUAAUGUUAUUGUUGACCGCAUUAACUCUCUUAGAACAAACUUUGGUGCAAUGAGCCCAAUAGUGUUUCUGCAUCAAGAUAUUGAGUUCUCCAGGUACAUUGCUCUUCUCUACGAAGCCACUGGAUUUGCUGUCACCUCUUCUAGAGAAGGCAUGAAUCUUACAUGUCACGAAUACAUUUUCUGCAACGACCGCUAUGGCCCUCUCAUUCUUUCUGAGUUUACCGGUGCUGCUUCUGAACUCCAGGACGGUGCAAUUACUGUCAACCCUUGGGACAAACGCGAAAUGGCAAAUGCUUUUUAUCUCGCAGCAACCAUGGAUAAUGAGUCCAGACGCCAAAACUGGGAGCGUUGCUACGAACACGUUAUUCGCCAUACUUGUGUAGACUGGAUCAUGGGGGUUCUCAAUGACCUAGACGCUGCUUGGAACGAGGAACAACGUCGCGCCGCUCAACAUGUCCCGCUUCUUGAUACACUCAAGCUUAUUGAAGAUUACCAAGGCCACCCCAAUAAAAAACGCAUUUUUUUCCUCGACAUGGACUCGGCCAUUGCCGCUCUGCCGCCGCCUGCACCUGCCACCGCUGCUGCCGCUGCUACGGCUGCUGCUACUUCUGCCAGUCCAAGCUCUCAAAACUUGUCGGCUUUGCUGACCCGGCCACAUAUUCGCCGCACUUCCAGUACGGUUUCACUUUUCGACAAGAUCGAGCCUGAGCUACCAACAAUGGGGUCUUUUAAGCGGUCCCGCGAAAAUUCAAAAUCCGUCACCAAUAUCGUGGACCUUAUCAACCUAGACCCAUCAUCUUCUUCCUCCUCCCCCUCCUUGCGCAGACUAAAACCACCCCUUAUUAAUCGUUUCAGCAGCUUUGAAGGACGCGCCCUCCCCGAUGCUUCUUCUUCUGUUAGCAGUGUUGCGGCUGGGGAUUUCAAACCCUCAAAAGCAUUUUUAUCUCCUCAACGCAAAAUUUCAGCUCUUUACGAGCUUGUCAACGACCCUCGUAAUGUGGUCUACGUUAUCUCUAGUGAUUCCAGAUCUUCGCUUGCACGUCUCUUUCGCCGCGUCCCUCGCAUUGGCCUUAUUGCUGAGGAUGGUGCCUACAUGCGCCGCUUCGAUCAAGAUAAUCCCUCAUGGGCAUGGCUCAAGGGCUCCACCAACCCUGAAGAGCCAGAAGACGAUUGGGUUGAACUUAUUGAUUGGGACAAUGUAAAUGAGUGGAAAAAAAUGAUGCUUAGCAUGCUUAAAGAUGCUCGAGAACGUCUGCCCAGUAUGGAUAUUGAGGAACAGGAUACUAAAAUUAUUCUCAACCUUGCCCGUGCUUUACCUAACACACCCUCUGCCUCCUCUCCUCCAAUCAGAAAACUGGUCCAGCUUGGAGCCGGCCUGGAGCCGCGUUCCGAGGCAGAAGAGCGAGUUUUCCAAGUUAUUGGCGAAGUUGUUUCCCAUGUCAAUGACGUCUUUGAGUCUAGCUAUAAUGUCCACGCCCGUUUUGACAAUGCCUCCAAAACGGUUGAAAUUUCAAGCGAGUCUGCAUCAAAGCUAGGUGCCAUUAAACGUGCGUUUUAUGAAGAAGUUUCCCGGGCCGCUGGCGAGUCCUAUGUUACUUCUACUACACUUGAAGACUCUUCUCAUGAAGAUUUGUUUUCUCCAGCAAGUUGUCAAGGCCCUACGCGCCUAGCCCAUAGUCAUUCCAUGGGCCACAUGCACAAACCUCAUUCUCUUGGCCACGUUCUCAGCCAUAAUGGAUACUACUCAGCACGAGGAAGCAUCUCUGCCGGAUCUGGUGUUGGUUCAUCUAUAUUCACCACACCAUUGUCGGCACCGAUUAACCCCGGAUCGGCACCAGAUACGCCUCUUUCGGCAGCUAGCGGGACAAGCGAACCAAAAGAGGUUUUUGAGCUGGUUUUCAUUGCGGCUGAAGGCGGUGACCAGGAAAACGAUAUGGUUUUGGAGUGGGGCAACAGUCUACGGAACGGGUUUGGCUUGACCGAUGGUGCAAAGGCUGGGAGUGGAACGGGUGCCGGUGGUCCGAGCAACUCUGAUGUUUUCGGUACCCCAUCCAGUGCUGCUACGGCGGGUGGGAGUGCCUGGGGGACCCACUCCGCGGCGAGUGUUCUUUCACCUUCUCCUCGUGCUUAUAGUGUCUCAUCGCCUUUUGGGCUUCUUGCGCUUGAUAAUUCGGAUAUCAACUUGGCAGGCCAAGCACAACAGCACCAACAAACUGAGCAAGCAGCGACCCAGCCUUCGGCAUCUUCUUCCGGGUAUGUUUCGACUCCUUUGUCAACGUUGCAAGAAGGCUUUACUAUAUCUGGUACUCCAGAAGAAUCAUCCCCACAAUCAGCAAUAGGGUCUGUUCUUCCAUUCCCUUCAUUCCCACCACCUCCACCACAAGCAUCGUCUUCUGUUUCCUCGCAGUAUACUUCUGGCAGCUCGCCAAAUGCACCUGCCAUCAAUCUAGGCAGUUCGGCCACACCGCCGCCGGCACCAUUGCAAACAACACUAAUGCGUCGCUCCUCGUCCAUUGCCAGCCGUUCAACUGUUUUUGCAGCAGACUUGGGUCUGUCGCAGCAAACUUUUCACACAGAAACUCAGUCUCCUACAUCCAUGUCCCCGGCAUCCCUGUCGCCAGCACACUCUGGGUCGCCUCCUUUUGGGCUUCAGCAACAGCCUAAGCUUACUCUCACCACAAGUGGAAUUACUCGCGGGCGCCGAGGCACAGGUCUGGCCCCUCAUCACUCUGGAACUAGUGGUGUUGGCGCCAGUACGUUGCUUGUAUCUGAGCCUGCUGUUUACACUGUUUCCGUGGGCGGGACCGGAACCUAUGCCGAAAGCGAGGUAGACGGUGUUAACGGAUUGUUGACUGCCAUUAUUAACGCAGUUCGCGGCAGCAUUGGCAGCGCCGGAAGUACAGGGAGCCUUGGGACUGGUUGGAGUGCUGGGGGUAGCUCCAGUGCAAGUGCAAGUGCAAGUGCUAGUGCCAGUGCCAGUGCUAGUGCUAGUGCAACGGUCAGUGCAGGAAGCGAGACAAGUUCUCGAGGAGGCGCUAGUAGCUCUCGAACUGCGGAAAGCCAAGAAGGCAAAGAUCAGUACGUGUUUCCCGAGACUGGUGACGAUUUCUGGGCUAUUUGA